AUGGCGUUGGUGCAUCCAACACAAAAAUGGUGUUGGACGUAUCCAAAACCAAAAUGGUGUUGGACACAUCCAAAACCAAAAUGGUGUUGGACGCAUCCAAAACCAAAAAUGGUGUCGGACACAUCCAAAACCAAAAUGGUGUUGUACACAUCCAAAACCAAAAUUGUAUCGGACGCAUCUAAAGCCAAAAUGGUGUUGAACACAUCCAAAACAAAAAUGGUGUUGGACACAUCCAAAACCAAAAUGGUGUUGGACACAUCCAAAACCAAAAUGGUGUUGGACGCAUCCAAAAUCAAAAUGGUGUAG